AUGGGAACUGAUGGUUAUCGUCGUGAGUGGUACGAAAUUGGUUAUAAAAAUGAUUCAAUCUGUAAUGGUAAUGGCAAUGGCUAUUGUAACGAUACAAUAGGUAUCUCAUUAGCAGAUAAAUGUUGUCAUAUGAUAUCGUUAGAGAUAUCUAAAAGUUGUUCACCUGGUUAUAUUGACAAAAUACUUGACUGUAUCCCUAAUGGAUUGUACAUAAAAAAAAUCUGGGGGAGACUGAUGGAUGAUCGUAAUGAUUCACUACAGUUAUUUAUUACAUUUGUUAAAUAUAUGAUUAAAAAUGGGUUCAAAUUAAAUGAUUCGAUGAACUAUAGAUUCCAAUUUAUUCAAUUAGAAUCUAUAAAUUUAGAUCCAUCAAUAAUAUAUUUGAAUUCAAAUGUUGAUUCGAAUUUUGUCACUUGUAUGACUUUAGAUUGCAAUGCAGAAAAUCUAUUACAUCUGGUCAAUUUAAAUUCUCUACAUUCGUUGAGCUUAACUACUCAUGCUAGUACAUCAUUGGAAACUGUAGUUUAUGGUUGGAGACGUUCUAUUUUGGUUAAUGAAAAUAGAUGGAAAAAUUUGAAGUAUCUUUGUCUACCAGAUUUAAGUUCUCCAAAACUAUUCCAUGAACUAUUUUCUGUCUUACCUUCAUUGGUAAUAUUUGAGGUCUCUUUACCUCCCAAUGUCGUAAAUGAAAUUCCAUUGCUCUCUAUGAACUAUAUGCAUAAAAAGAUCGAUUAUAACUCUUCUUCUGCAUUCAAAAAAGCCUCCAAGCUUGAUCUAUUAGGCAUCACUGAUGAAAAGAUAAUUAUAGAUAUCAAUAUCGGGUCAACUGGUUUGUCUCGAACAUCAUAUAAUGCCAAUAUCGAAAAAACUGAUUAUUAUAUACAAAAGGCUAAAGAAACCUACUGUUAUAUAAAGAAGAAAAAACCAAUGCUCAAGAGAGGAAUUCAAAUGAACAAUAAAAUCGAGACAAGAAAUAAGAGGGUUAGAAUGCCCAAUAUAAAAAUGAAUACCUCAGUAAACAGUUUUUUUGGAUUCAAGUGA